CACUUCUAGGGUUUCCCUCCUCUUCAGUCCUCCUCCUCCCCCUGAUCUACGAAAGAAGGAAAAGAGCAACAACAAAGAAAAAGACCAAAACAACAAAAAGGACCAAAGGAAAGGGAAGAAGGAGGAAGGAAGGAAGGAAGAAAAGAAGAAGAAAAACCCAGCCAGCCAGCCAGCCAGCCAUCUCUCUCUCUCUCGUUCUCUUUCUCUCUCUCUCUCUCUCUCUGCGCGUCCCUCUUAUUCCCUGGUUUCUUGGAAAUCCGGCUGGCUGUGCCACGCGGUAUCCUGGGGGAAUCUUUACAACCAAACUGGGAUCUAUGAGCGGGAAGGUGAUCAAGUCGAAAGAAGAGAAAGAUGCUUCUAAAGUUAUGGAUGACACCUCUCCUGGCACACAGGAAUAUAUUAUGUUACGGCAAGACUCCAUCCAAUCUACGGAACUAAAGAAAAGACAGUCCCCUUUCCGAACUAAAUGCCAUGAAAUCUUCUGUUGUCCUCUGAAGCAAGUCCACCUCAAAGAGAAUACCGAGCCCGAAGAACCACAGCUGAAAGGCAUCGUCACAAAACUUUACAGCCGGCAAGGAUAUCAUUUGCAGAUGCAAGCAGAUGGAACCAUUGAUGGAACGAAAGAGGAAGAAAGCACAUACACUUUGUUUAACCUCAUACCGGUGGGUUUACGAGUGGUGGCUAUACAAGGCGUUCAGACGAAGCUGUAUUUAGCGAUGAACAGUGAAGGCUACUUAUAUACAUCAGAGCACUUCACACCGGAAUGCAAGUUCAAAGAAUCCGUUUUUGAAAACUAUUACGUCACGUAUUCUUCCAUGAUCUACCGGCAGAUGCAAUCGGGAAGAGGUUGGUACUUGGGCCUCAACAAAGAAGGCGAGGUCAUGAAAGGGAAUCAUGUGAAGAAAAACAAGCCCGCUGCACAUUUUCUUCCCAAACCGCUAAAAGUGGCCAUGUACAAAGAACCUUCCCUCCACGACCUUACUGAAUUCUCACGGUCUGGUAGUGGAACCCCAACGAAAAGCAGAAGCGUCUCCGGAGCUUUGAAUGGCGGCAAAUCUAUGAGCCAAAACGAAUCCACGUAGCCGGGACGGUGAAAGGAAGAGGCGGAGGAGGAGCAUCGGUGGAACUUUUGAACCUCUAGGACCUGCCGUGGAAUCCUUAUUUUUUGCGAAACCUACCGUUCAGCCCUUCCCGACAAAGCCAACAAACUGGGAUAGGCCUCUCGGGCCUUUUAUCAGCUACUUUGGACUUUCCGGAGGUCCCCAAAUCAUUCAUAAAUGAUUCGUGUCGAAGAAAUGAUUUGAUUUCACCUCCCUCCCCAUUGGUAUAAAAUGCGCUUGUGCAAACAUGGGCCUAGCCAGGCAAACAUGAAGCUAUGACCUCACAUUGAGCCUGCCGUUACUUCUUAUCUUCACCGACGGUCUUGCGGAGAAAAAAAUUUAAAAAAAAAAAUCCUGCAAAAUUUAAAAACACCCUUGGCUUUCUAACUGAGACAGAAACCCUGUCAAAGAUCUUUCUUUCUUUCUUUCUUUCUUUCUUUC